CGCGCAGCGGCUGGCGGACUGUCGGGUGCAUCCGAGUGCUGAGCAUUAGGAGCCAUGGGGCAUGGUGCUCGGGAGCUCGUCUCUUCCCUUCUGGGGCUGUGGCUGCUGCUGUGCAGCUGGGGCUGCCUCGGGAGUGCCGAGCGGCGGGCCCCGCCGGACAAGAUCGCGAUUAUUGGAGCUGGAAUUGGUGGCACUUCAGCAGCCUAUUAUCUGCGGCAGAAAUUUGGGAAAGAUGUGAAGAUUGACCUGUUUGAAAGAGGAGAGGUUGGGGGCCGUCUGGCCACCAUGACUCUGCAGGGGCAAGAAUAUGAAGCAGGAGGUUCUAUCAUCCAUCCUUUAAAUCUGCACAUGAAGCGUUUUGUCAAGGACCUGGGUCUCUCUGCUGUUCAGAGUUCUGGUGGCCUAAUGGGGGUGUAUAAUGGAGAGACUCUGGUGUUUGAGGAAAGCAGCUGGUAUAUAAUUAACAUAAUUAAAUUAAUUUGGCAGUAUGGAUUUCAGUCCCUUCGAAUGCACAUGUGGGUAGAGGAUGUACUAGACAAGUUUAUGAGGAUCUACCGCUACCAGUCACAUGACUAUGCCUUCAGUAGUGUGGAAAAUUUACUACAUUCUCUAGGAGGGGACGACUUCAGUGGAAUGCUUAAUCGAACACUUCUUGAAACCUUGCAGAAAGCAGGCUUCUCUGAGAAAUUCCUUGAUGAAAUUGUUGCUCCUGUCAUGAGGGUCAAUUACGGCCAAAGCACAGACGUCCAUGGCUUUGUGGGGGCAGUGUCACUGACUUGUACUGAUUCUGGCCUUUGGGCAGUAGAAGGUGGCAAUAAACUUGUUUGCUCAGGGCUCCUUAAGGCUUCCAAAAGCAACCUUAUAUCUGGCUCAGUAAUGUCCAUAGAGGAGAAAACAAGGACCAAGCAAACUGGAAACCCCACAAAAAUGUAUGAAGUGGUCUACCAGACUGGAUCUGAGACCCGUUCAGACUUUUAUGACAUCGUCUUGGUGGCCACUCCAUUGAAUCGAAAAAUGUCUGGUAUAACUUUUCUCAACUUUGAUCCCCCAAUUGAGGAAUUCCAUCAAUACUACGAACAUAUAGUGACAACUUUGGUUAAGGGGAAGUUGAAUUCCACUACUUUUAGCUCUAGAGCCUUAGAUAAUUUUGGUCUCAGUACAGUCUUAACCACUGAUAAUUCAGAUUUGUUCAUUAACAGCAUUGAGAUUGUAUCCUCUGUACGAGGAAAUAAUCAUCCUCAAUCAUCAACAGAUGGGACACAUGUUUGGAAGAUCUUUUCCCAAGAAACUCUUACUAAAGAACAAAUUUUAAAGCUCUUUUUGUCCUAUGAUGAUGCUGUGAAGAGGCAGUGGCUUGCAUAUCCUCACUACAAGCCUCCAGAGAAAUGCCCCUCCAUCAUACUCCACGAUCGACUGUAUUAUGUCAGUGGCAUAGAGUGCGCAGCAAGUGCCAUGGAGAUGAGUGCCAUCGCAGCCCACAAUGCCGCUCUCCUUGCCUAUCACCGCUGGAAUGGGCACAUGCACAUGAUUGACCAAGAGGGCUUAUAUGAGAAACUUAAAACAGAACUAUGAAAUAACUCACUCCCUGCCCCCUCCGCCCAGUUCCAAAUGGAAUAUCAUUGGCAAAAAGCCACCAUCUGAGCAGAGAUGAAUUUGAAUCACAUAUUUUGCCAUUAUCAUUAACAAGAGGAAUCCCAGUGACUCAUGAGAAAAUAAGGGUCUAAAGCGUGAAGGUGUAAUUGGUGCAUUUAUGCCAUCUCCAAAAUUUCUUAAUAAACUCCUUUAAUAUCCAUUAACUGUUUCCCAAACUUGUCUGAUUGUAAGAAUCAUCUGGAAUUUGUUAAACAUACAAAAUUCCCUAGCUUCUCUGGAGAUUGAGUCAAUAGUUCUGCAGUUGAGGCCCUGGUUUUGAACAAAACCAUAGAGCUGAACACUUGAGGAAGAUCUUAAAGACGUACCUUUUGGUUGGGGACUAGUUCAUUUGCACUGAAGUGCUGGAUGUGAUGUUGAGUCAGAUAGUUAAAACUACUAUGGGAGCUGGUAUCUUAUGCCUGGCUUUAGUAAUUUAUACCCUUUUUAAGUUAAUGUGCCCGACUUUCUGAACAUGCUUUUGAUUGUUCCUGUCUCAUUUUUUUAGCGGUGAAAUGUAGACGUCUUAGUAGUAUAACCUUAAGAUGUCAUACAAUAAUCUCCAGUAAAAUGAAAAGCAAAUAUAGGUUAUUAAUUGAAGAAACAGACAUUCUUUUAUCAAUUCCUCACCUAUGGAGCUUUUUAAAAUACUUAUAGACCCCACAGAGAUUCUGAUUGAAUGGAUUGAGGAUAGGACCUUAGCAUUAUAGGUUAAGUUCCUAAUGUGCAACUUGGAUUGAGAAUCACUGAUUUGGGGGUCUAAAAUGUCUCCAAAGGAUUUUUAGUGCCUUAGAAGUCCCAAGAAAUCUAACCCACUAUCAAAGCAGAUCCAUUUUGUGAAGAAUGAUUUCUUUCAAUGAGAAUUCUAGUAGUAACCUUGAUAGUAAGAAGCACUGACAGUCUUAGCAGAGGCAACUUAGAUUACUCCAGAAUUGAUAUGAGUAGGAUAUUCGGAAUGACACCAUGUUCAAGCAAAUCCAGUUGUGUUCGAGCUGUUAAAUACUUCUAAAGCUAUUGUACCAUUUUGGGUGAGAAACUGGUUGCUGAAUCUCAUUUUAAGGCAGUUCUCAACCUUGGCUGCACAUUGGAAUCCCUGUAGGACUUUAAAAGCUUCCCAAAUGAUUCCAAUAUGCAGCUAAACUUGAGAACCAGUUCUACAUCUGCUGUACAAAGAUAAUGAAUGACUGUCCUUAUAGUCACUGGUAGGAAAGAACAAGUAGAAGCUUGUGAAUUCAACAGUAACUGCAGCACAGUUAACAUGCACUGUUAAAAGUUUGUCAAAGGGUUAUUUUCUAAUUUUUUACAGAAGAAUGAGGCAUUGUUAUUUUUUUCCAUUUGUGGUUUUAAUGAAGACAAUAUGUAGAGAAUGUAAUAGUUAUGUAUAUGCUAAACUGGUAAAUAAUAAUGAAAUAAUUUAAUUUCUAUCACCUGUAAACUUGUUUUGCAAUGGGAUAUAUUUUUACAUAUAAGAACAUCAGUUUAAAGUGUUGCUGUAUGUCAAACCUACUCUCAUUUUCACAGGGCAUCUGAAAUUGCUUCCUCAAAGAGCAAAACAGUUUAUCAAUAUAUCAAACAUAUUAGUUUUAAUGCAAUUAUGGUAUUAAAGAAUGUUUCUUUUUAAAAAUUUUUUUAUUGGAAGAAAAAUACUAUCAGAGCUUGUUACUCCAGACUACUCUACUCAUUUUUAUAGAAGAGAACGGUAAAAAUGAUGCAGGGGCUGAAUGAAAGAAAAACCAGCUCCACUUGUGUUUCUCCAACUUGAAUAUGCAUUAGACUUACCUGGAAGGUUUGUUAAAACAUUUCUGGGCCUCACCUUCAGAAUGUUUCAAUAGGUUUGGAGUGGCAUACAAAAAUUUGCAUUUCUAUUUCUAGGUGAUGCUCCUGGUCUAGAAACCACACUUAGAGAACCAGUUCUACAAUUCAGUUCUAUGUGGUUGAAAAAUUGCAAGCCUGUCAAUUUCAAUGAAGAUUUAAAAAGAGCUGCUGAAGAAUGUUAGAAUAAAAAUGUGUUGGAUUUCA